GUUAACCAAUCAGAAGAGCUCUUGUAUUUCUAAUUCCAUCAACACGGCUGUCUUCCGCUCUGUGACACAGGUGUGGGACUUUAUUGGCUGUUAUACCUGAGGUUACUCUUGAUAACAGCUUGAUAACAUCACAUGCUGGUGUGAGACCUCCAACACAUGAUCAGUAAAAUCCAAACCUGCUGAGGAUCUGAUGGUGCCAUGACGAGGUUAAUUCUCAACACACAAAUAGCCCUCCUGACCCUGACUAAAUAUGUUUAUUGUUUAACUUACCCACGCGGGAAUUGGAAGGUUUGGUCAUCCAGCUGGCUUCAGGAUUAUUAGCCAACCACCACUGCGCACCGAGGGUAUAAAUACCGGAGGCGCGCAGCUCUCUGCUCAGUCUUUACGCACGGAUCAAGCUUUCAGGCGACGAGGUUCCCACGAGCAGAAGAAAAGUCAAACAGUCUCCUUUGCUUUACUUUAUACGCUUUUUGGAAAAAAUGUCGUUAGUGAGCGCAGUACCGUUCAUGAAGCCGCUUCACAUGCGCUCUCCAGUGCCACGGGGCCGCCGCCACACGCUGCCGGCCAGCGAGUUCCGCUCCCUCAGCCCGGAGGAUGCCAUCAGUGUGUUUGAGAUUGAGAGAGAAGCCUUCAUCUCAGUGUCCGGCGAGUGUCCUCUCCACCUGGACGAGGUGCGUCACUUCCUCACCCUGUGCCCUGAGCUGUCUCUUGGCUGGUUUGAGGAGGGACGUCUGGUGGCUUUCAUCAUCGGCUCACUGUGGGACCAGGAGAGGCUUACCACGGAUGCCCUCACUCUCCACAAGCCACAUGGGACCACCGUCCACAUCCACGUCCUGGCUGUGCACCGGACCUUCCGUCAGCAGGGCAAAGGCUCCAUCCUGAUGUGGCGCUACCUGCAGUACCUCCGCUGCCUGCCCUACGUCCGCCGUGCCGUGCUCAUGUGUGAAGACUUCCUGAUUCCCUUCUACAGGAAGUCUGGUUUCAAGGUGCAGGGCCCCAGUGAGAUCACAGUGGGGCCCCUCGCCUUCAUUGAGAUGGUUUACCCAGUCAGGGGCCACGCCUUCAUGCGUCGCAACAGUGGUUGUUGAGGACAGAAGGACUUAAUGUGGAUUCUGGAUUCUAUCAGCGGUGGUGGGACCCCCGUCCACUAUUGGAUACAGAAUUAAGGGGAAGGUCUGAGCGGCUUUGCUGUACGUGAGCGCUCAGCACAGUGUUUGGAAUCAUCAUCUGUGAAUGAGACUUGUUCAGCAGGUGGUGAGGUGUGCAUUCUGCCUGUGAGUCUGCAGACAGUGGAGAACAAAGAGCUGCGUCCAGCUGCCUACAACAGCUGUCUGGAAGAGUGGUGGAAAACUUCUUAUAUAUACGAUCUGCAGUUUAAUGCCAGUUGCAAGAAAAAAAUCAUUAGAGCAGAGCCUGGAAGAAUGCAAUAAGUUAUUACAAAUUAUUAUUUGUUUAAAAAAUAUUUUUAUUUCAUGAAUGUAUUAUUGUAUUCAAUAGAACGCAGCUGCCUUGUUUCUGUCUUUGCCCUCUGUCUUAUAUUUGUUAUUUAACCACUUUAACAUGGUUUCUGGCUCAUUGUGAAGCCAACGUGAAAUUUUCUUUAGACAUUAAAAGCAGUAUCUGCCCGUUAUGAAUGUAUUCAGUCCUGUAUAGGUUUGUGUUAACAACAUGCCUUUAACAGCAGCAUUAGAAGAUUACUGUUUAUGUUACACUGUUUAUAACUCUGAUGACAGAGCGACUGUGAAGUAAUGAGCCAAAUUAAAGAGCUAACCUUCAAAAACUGUGGAAUAAAAAUACAAAGGGAGGGAUAUCAGCAAUCAAACUUCAGAUAAUAUGUCAAUAUAUUAACUUGAACAAACAUGUCUGUCUUCAUCAGUGUUGUAUGUAGACAUAUAAUCACAAAUACAGUUGUUUAUUUAGUAUAUAUAUAUCCUAAAUAUUUGUUCUGUCAAAAUGUCUCCUUGAUAGUCUCCUGUUGCCUUUCUCCUUGUAGACAGUCACCACCUCUGCCUCCCAAAGUCUUUAAUCAAGACCAAUGUUUUUUUUGUUUUUUUGUUGUUGUUUUUUUUUACAAUGUUUUGUCCUUCAAAUAAUAAAUCUUUUGUUUUCUAGCAUGUCGGCUUCAAGCUCUUUUCAUUUUAAUAGUUGUUGAGAAAACAAUCUCAGUGCCAGGUCCAUUUGAUAGCUGUUCUGGAGCUUACGAUCAUAUCACAUGAUCAUCAGUAGCACUUUACGCACUUGUCAUAAAAGUGCAGAUGUUAAAACUGGCAUUUUAUUUAAAGGAGCUCUCAACAAUAGAGCAUUAAUACAGCAGUAAAUAACUAUUCACUAUGUAAAGAUACGGCAUCCUGAGCUGAGAAUGAAAUCCCGCUCCCUGUGUGUGUUGUCAUUCCAGCUUCUCUGUUCUUUGUUGUGGCAGAAAGUCUGGCUGUGCAUACAUGUUAGUGCAUGUGUGUGUCAUACUGGCUAGCUAAUCGCCGCCAUCCUGUACUGCACUUGGUUACCGCUGAUAACAAGACCGCAUUGUUGCGGAAGCGUAGCGCCCACCCUCUGGUUCCCCCCCAGUUAACACAGCUAGCUCUGUCAGCACUGUUGCAAAUGUUAGCACUGUUUGCGCUGUUAGCUGCUAGCCACCGGCUCAGCCACCUCCAUGUUGAGAGCCGUGCGCAGACAAUUUCAGAAUUAUAGAUGCACUCUUAGAA